AUGUACAAUGAUGCUUCGGUUUCGGACAACGACAAGAGCGCACCGAGUGUUGAAACAAGCGAGACUGAAUCUUCUGAUGAAUAUUUAGAGUCUGAAAGUUUCGAAUCUUCAGAGGCUUCAAAGUCCAAAACACAUGAAAUUUCAGAAUCUGAAACUGACGAAUCUUCAGAGUCGGAAACUAAUAUUUCUUCAAAGUCAAUGUCUAAAACUUCGGAAUAUUCAGAGACUGAAACCUGGGAGUCUUCAAAACCUAAGACCGAUGUCAUUUCAGAAUCUGAGCUGGAUGAAUGCUGGGAGGAGUUGGAAACUAACGAAUCUUCAAAGUCUGGAUCCUGCGAACUUUCUAAGUCUGAAACUUCCGACUCUUCAGAGUCUGAAACUUGGGAGACUUCAAAGACCGAAACAGAUGAAACAGAGGAAUUUUCAAAAUUGGAAACUAAUGAAUCUUCCGACUCUUCAGAGUCUGAAACUUGGGAGUCUUCCAAGUCCGAAACAGAUGAAACUGACGAAUAUUCAAAAUCGGAAACUAAUGAAUCUUCACGGUCUGGGUCAUGGCAAAUUUCUCAGUCUGAAAGUUCCGACUCUUCAGAGUCUAAAAGCUGGGCCUCUUCAAAGUCCGAAACAAAUGAAUUGUCAGGAUCUGACACAAACGAAUAUUCAAAAUGGGAAACUAAUGAAUCUUCAAGGUCUGGAUCAUGGCAAAUUUCUAAGUCGGAUAGUUCCGAAUCUUCAGAGGCCAAAACUGACGAUUCGUCAGAAUCAGAGAAGUCAAGUGCAACCAAAGAGUCGGGCGAAACGCCAUCUUCCUCAGAAACUGAUUCUUCAGAGUCCAAAACUGAUGAUUCGUCAGAAUCAGAAAAAUCAAGUGAAACCAAAGAGUCGGGAGAAACACCAUCUUCCUCAGAAACUGAUACAUAUAAAAGUUCCAGCAAAGGAACUACCAAAUUUUCUAAGGAAACGAACUACAGCCAAACUACAGAAUCAAUUGAUUCUCCACAAAAGUCCACGACUCAACUAUCUACAGAAAAACCAUAUAUCACAAAUGCCACCACAGUUAUUUCAAUUGGAAGUAACGAGCCAACAAAAAAACCUUCAACAUUACCUGACGCAAAUAUGAAAACAACGUCCAUAGCUUAUAGAAGUUCGCAACAUGUACCUCAACAAACCACAGAUAGUUCUACGAAAUGUCCACAGUUAUACAUUACCGGUCAAUGA